AGCGGAGCGCCGGACGUCACGAGUGCGCCAGGUAUAGGUCGGCGACGUGAUCGCGGAGCUCUCCGGCCAGCCAGUGGCGGUCCGGACGUUCGUCGUGUGUCAUCUUCACGAAUGUAAACGUCCCGCGCAACGAUCACGUGUCUCACGAUCGAGUUUAUAAACGCCGAGCGCGAUCAACACGCGCCCGCGAGUUUUUUUUUUCAUACAAAAAUAUUAUAUGAUAUUAAUAUUAUUACCACCGUUGUCGUUCGUAUUUUAUAUCGUUCUUUUUUUUUUUCAUUUAUACUUACGCACACGCGCCGUGAUAUUCCGUCGCCGAAGUACCUAUACGUAAACGCGGACACACGCGCACACGAUAAUUCGUUUUUAUAGUAUCAUUAUUAAACGUAUUGUUAUCAUGACGAUUUUUUACUCGAUCGCGGUGUAAAAUCGGAUUCGUGUGCGGUCUAUCGUUCGCUGUGAAUUUUUUUUUCUCCUCUCGAGUAUAAAAUAUAAUAUCACAUGUUAUACGAUCCGAGAUUAAUGCUUGACGCGUUGUGACUUACCAUAGUAUUCUCGACGAUGUACGGCGGCCGUCGUGAAGUUUUGUCCGUGUAUUCUCGAAAAUCGCACGUUUUCUGCUGUCUUCGGAUUCGUGUUGUCAAUAAAUAACAGAAAAAGAAAACCCAGGUUUCAGCAGGUCACCACCUUGUUGGUGCGCGUGCGUCGUUUUGUGGUGAUCGAAAGUCUGUUCGAUUAGCUGCACGAAUGACUAUGGCUGAGGUGGAAAUGGAGCCGCCGACAGACAGGGCGAGCCGGUCGACGAUCUACAAGACCAACAAUAACCAUCCGCUGGCCACGAACAAUAACAACCAUCUACAUCACGUUCCCAGCGCGCGUCCGGUGGUCGUCAAACACAAAAAGCGGAAACGCCUGAACCAAGUGUUGGACAGGUUGGCGGGUCAGGCGACUUCGCCCAACAACAACAACAACAACAACAACAGUAGUAAUCACAACAACAACAACAACAACGAGGUCGUGGCCGUGAAAGAAGAAGAGACGACGAUCAAGGAGGACGGUGGGUCGGUGACAGCCAUGGUGGUGGUGGAUAGCGGCCACGUCCAGAACGGCGUCGAGUACGAGAGUGACGAGUCGUUGCGGAGGUCGUCGUGCAAAGAUAGUUACGAAGAACCGUUCAGCCCAGCCGGAUCGUCGUCGUGCAAUCGGUCGCCGCGCAGCUCCCACACCGACUCGCCGUUCAGCCCGAACCGGACGAGGCCGGACGACCCGCCGGCGACGCAUCUACCCGCACCACCGCCCCAGCAACAGUUUCACCCGCCGCCACCGCUCCCACCGCACCCGCUUCAUCACUAUCUCAAGUACCCCAAGUGCGACUGCCUGUUCUGCGGUGGCGACGGGACCUCGCCGCCCCGGCACCCGCUACCACCCAUGCCGCCUCCCACAUCGCUGCAGCAGCAGCAGCAGCACCACCAACUGAACCGGAACAUGAUGCACCACGACAAGAAUCCGCAGCAGUUACCCGUCACGCCCAUGUCGCCGGCAUCGCUGUUAGCCGGUUCCAUGUACACGUUCGAACACUACCUGCACACCAAAUACCUGCCCGACAUAUUCCGGAAGCGGCGGAGCCAUUCCGAUUCCGAUGUUCCUAUGUGGUUCGAAGCUACUAAAGCCGAACACUGCAGCGGCGGCGGUAACGACGACUCGACCGCUUCGACGGCCGCGGCUGUCAGGUUGAACACUACGGUCGCGGCCGGGACCGGCAGCCGGAGGGGCAAGAGGCCGUUCUCGGUGCCACAUCCGCUGGACAAGCCGGCUCGGAAGAGGGGUCCGUCCGCGGGCUCCAGAUCGUCCGCGCACCCGCCGCCGCAACCGCCCCAAGACUCGCCGCUCGACCUGUCCAUGAAGAACGGAUUUUGGCCGUUUACCGCACCUGAACCGCCGACGGCAGCGGCCGAACCCUCCGUGGCCACCGUCAUCGCAAACGCCGCGACGACGCCGCCGUCACCUCCGCUCCCGGCCGCCGUCUCUUCCACUGCCACUCCUACGACGUCGGUCGUGUCGGUGGGCUACUACAGCCGGCCGGGUAGCGCGGGCGGUUACACCGUGCCGGUAGUCAAGGGCGACGUGGCAUCGCGCACCACCAAGGCUUCGGUGGCCGUCCGGUACAACCUGGAAGUGUCGCCCGUCGUCGAGGAGAUGCCCGUCGGCUCGGACGUGGCGUACGUGUGUCCGGUGUGUGGGCAGAUGUUCAGCCUGCACGACCGGCUGGCCAAACACAUGGCUUCUCGGCACAAGACCUCGGCGUCGGCGUCGUCGUCGUCCAUCACCGGGACGCCGGCGUCGUCGUCGUCGGAAAACGGCGGCGGCGGUGGCGGCGACUCGUCCGGCGGCGCGACCAAGGCGUACCCGUGCGAGGUGUGCAACCGGUCGUUCGCGCGCAGCGACAUGCUCACCCGGCACAUGCGACUCCACACGGGCGUCAAGCCGUACACGUGUCGCGUGUGCGGGCAAGUGUUCUCGCGGUCCGAUCACCUGAGCACGCACCAGCGCACGCACACGGGCGAAAAACCGUACAAGUGUCCGCAGUGUCCGUACGCCGCGUGCCGCCGGGACAUGAUCACCCGGCACAUGCGCACCCACUCCCGGUACGAGAUGGUCUCGUCGUCGUCCGCGUCCGGGGCCGCGGCCAUGGCGGCCGCGCUAGGCCUGGACCCGCCGUCGCCCGCCUCGCCCACCGACGGCCAACUCUUGCUGUCGCCCCCGCUCGAGGUCCUCUGCAAGUCCGAACCGCAGUAGCAGCGGUGUCCGCGGAAUCGUGCGGACGGGGUCGUAAUGUUGUUAUUAUGAUGUCAACGUCUCACGUUUGUGUAGUAAUAUUCUAAUGAUAUAGUAAAUAAUAUAAAAUGUGUUUAUAAUAAUAUUAUUUAUUAAAAUGUAUAAAACGUAGCGCCGAUAAUGUUAUUAUACUAUUUGUACUUGUAAAUUUUAGUCUUAAGAACGAUACACACAGAACACACACACCGUACACAUACACAACACACACACACACACAACAUACUACACUACAAACGCGCGUGCGCACACAGCUUUUUGUCAAAACCAAAGAUAAAAUAUUAUAAUAAUAACAAUAAGUCUAUGCGCAUGUAUAUCAUGUUUAAUUGUUCGUUUUCCUGAACGAUUACAUUUUUUUUUCUCGUAUGGAUAACAUUCAUAUUAUUAUGUGUGUAUUGACUACAAAUAAUAAUAAUAU